GGGUUCGCGAACGUGAAGAACCUGCAAGGCGGUUACCUCUCCUUGCUCAAGAGUACCAGUUACCCGCAGCCGCAAGCAGCAAGCCACCAAUGAUCAAUCAAUUGAUUCUUUGGAGUUUGGAAAGUUUGUUAGUGACCUGUUUGUGUGCUAUGUAUCUAUCAUCCUUGGUCUUAACAAGAGGAAGCAAGUCCUUCAGGCAGCUGGGAUUGAAUUAAUUUCAAAGGGAAAACAAAGCAUUAUGUAUGCAGGAUCGACACAGCGGAGACGAAUGGGAACGAGGCGACUUUAUACGAUGAGAAAGUGAUGGAUGCGGCUACCCGGACGUGAAGGCAUCAACCGCUGCCUCCUCUCCUAUAAAUAAACACCCGUUGGCAGCACCUAUCUUUCCAUCAAGGCAUCACCCAAUCCGCUCCACAGCCCCCGGAGCCAAACACAUCAACACGCCCCCCUGUCUUCUUCUUCCCUGCUCAAAUCCUCCAUACAACAUGGGCACCCUGAGAAGCAGCGGCAGCGGCGCGGCAGUGCCCGUAGAGAGUGUUGACCCCGAGGCGGCUUGCGCACUGCUGGCCUCGGGGCAGUACGGGUACGUGGACGUGCGCAUGUGGGAGGACUUCGACAAGGGCCAUGUCGCCGGCGCGCGCAACGUACCAUACUACCUCUCCGUCACCCCUCACGGCAAGGAGCACAACCCUCACUUCGUCGACCAGGUCGCCGCGCUCCACGCCAAGGAGGACCGGUUCCUCGUUGGCUGCCGCUCCGGGAUCCGGUCAAGGCUCGCCACCGCAGACCUCGUCGCCGCCGGAUUCACGAAUGUGAAGAACCUGGAGGGUGGCUACCUCUCCUUGCUCAAGAGCGCAAGCUACCCGCAGCCGGCAGCCAGCCACCACUGAUCCAUCAAUUCCGUAUCUAGAAUAAGUACUACGAUGUAGUAUUAUCCAACGUCUUAUGAAGAUUAAGAGGAAGAAGCGUGUUCAGAGCCGAGGAGGAAUUAAUUUCCGUGGAAAAAGAAGGCACUGUGCCUGUAUAUGCAUCCUGAGUUUUUGGCAUGGACUUUGUUCCAACCAAAAGUGCUACUAGCUGAAUACUGAUUUCCCCUUUUAUGAUUGUAUCUUGCAAAAAGAACCUAAGAAAAUGUAUUAUUCUUCA